AUGGCAUCGUCAACUUUCAUAUUGACCCGAGACAUUCUCCAUGGCAAAACUUCGAAAGCGGAAGUACCUCGCACAUCUUAUCGUCCAAAUUUCAACAAAGAUCAGAAGAUUGCCGCAGCCCGGAAAUUAACUGACAGUACGGGACUUUCGAAGUUUUGCAGCAGUGCAGCACGCAGUCAAGCAACCGGUUCGGAUCGUGUCUCCGAAAACAUCCCCUCGGUGCCUCCGACACGGUGACGAGUCUGUAUCACGAUGUGUAUUCUUAGAAAAAAUCCUAAAGAUGCCAGGCAUAACAUCGAUAUGUCAGUCAUUGGUAAUACAGUUCGGCUCAAACAGAGUUUCGCUUUUACGAGCUCGUCAUUACCUGGUAUUGGCUACCACUCGACCUUCCAUGUUCAUCGUGGUGUGCGGAGUAAUAGCGAGGUCAAGAUGCAUGUCACGUCGGGGUUAAAAGCGUCACAUCGGCAUCGCGAGGCGACCGUUUGA